GGCCAAGCUAGCGAUCCACGUCAAACCCGUCGAUGCGUUCCCACCGAUGAUUAGCGCCACGGCGACCGAAGGUUACGUCGACGAGAACUCCCCCAUCGGUACGGUGGUGAUGGAUGCCGACGGAAAUCCGAUCAAACUGUCCACCACCGAUCAGGAUCUCGGUGGUGAUGGUGAACCGAUGGAGUACAUCUACGAAGUGACGUCACCAUCGUUCACCGUCUCGAAGGAAGGAAUACUCCGUGUCAACGAGGAAGGUCUCGAUCGUGAUCCUCCGAGCCAGGAGCGGUACCUCUUCCAAGUGGUAGCCCGUGAAGCGACCGGAAAUGCAGCCAGCGCACCGCUCAGUGUGACGGUGGUACUGCGCGAUGUAAACGAUAAUGCCCCACGGUUAUCGAUGGUCGCUCCCGUAACACUGAUGGCCGGUGAUGGUCGCCGUUUGGUGACGAAAGUCCAGGCGACCGAUAACGAUGCGUCCGAGAACGCCCUCAUCACCUACUCGAUCUUCCACGUGUCGAACAAUGGAGCGGCCAAGUUUGCGAUCGAUCCGAAGACGGGUGAGAUCGAAACACGCACCCGACUGAAUGCCGGCGAACAGUACAGCAUCACGGUACAGGCGUCCGAUGUCGGCGGGUUAUCAUCGCAAGCCAUCGUCGAGGUGACGAUCACACCGGGACCGAACACGAAGCCACCCCGUUUCGCCAAACCCGUGUACGAGGUACAGGUCAGCGAGGGUGCAGAGAUCAACUCGACCGUGCUGGUGUUGAAGGCCGAAGAUCCGGAGAACGAUCCCGUCAGUUACGCCAUCACGACCGGUAACGAUUUGCGUCAGUUCUCGAUCGGAAAGGACAGUGGUGUGAUCAGCGUGAUCCGGAAGCUCGAUCGGGAGGAUCUAACGCGCUACCAGCUGAUCGUACGGGCGGAAGAUAAUGGAGGGUUGGCGAGCAGUGCCACGGUCAAUAUCCGCGUUACCGACAUCAACGAUAAGAAUCCCGAGUUUGACGAACGGAAGCUACCGUACGUGUUUGCGGUGGACGAGGGUCAGGAAGGGGUGGCGAUUGGGAGUGUCCAUGCGACCGAUGCGGACGAGGGUAUGAAUGCGGAGAUCUCGUACACCAUCCCAUCGGACAUUCCGUUCCGGAUCGACUCGAAGACGGGCGAAAUACGGACGAAGCUAGCGCUCGAUUACGAGAAGCAGAAGGAGUACAAAUUUGUGGUGACGGCCAAGGAUGGUGCACCGGAACCACGGCUCGGUACGGCCAGUGUAACGGUGAAGGUACGUGACGUACCGGAUGAGGUACCACGCUUCAUGGAAUCAACGGUGGAGGUACGGAUUCCGGAGAACAUACCGGAUACAGCCGUGACGACGGUGCGUGCCUUCGAUCCGGACACGAAACCCGAGAUCACGUACACCCUUCGCCGUGGACCGGGCGAUCUGUUUAAGGUGGACGCCCGGACUGGUCAGAUCAAGACGAUCCGCGGGCUGGACUACGAGAAGGAUAAGAUGCACGAACUGAUCAUUGGCACGCUGGAGAACGAUGGCAAUGGGCCGGGAGAUUUCAUCAAGAUCCUGGUGGAGGUCGAGGAUCGUAAUGAUAUUCCGCCCGUGUUCGUGUCCAUUCCGGAGCCGGUUAACAUCAACGAUAACCUUCCGAUCGGUGCGAUCGUCGGUUCGAUGCCGGCUGUCGAUGGAGAUGGUUCCUCACCGGGGAAUGUGGUACGGUACGAGUUGGUUGGGCGCGGUAAAGCCCUCAAGUACUUCCAGGUUGAUGCGGACUCCGGGAUGGUGCGAAUCCGGGACGAUCUGGGGAAGGAAGAGGACAAUGAGUAUCUGAUCGAUGUGAGGGCUUACGAUAUGGGUGAACCGCAGCUAAGCAGCGUCUCGACACUGCCCGUCUACGUCAGUCACAUUCCGGCCAAUCCGAAUGGGGAUUCUGCGGAAUCGCGAGUCGAGAACGGUGGCAUCGUGAAUCUGGAAGUGCAAGGACUGGCGUUUAGCGAUGAUAGUUACACGACGAGCGUCCCGGAGUCGACGGGCGUUAAUGCGACCGUUAAGCUGGUGCAGAUCAUUAACUCGAAGAAGGCGACAAAGCAUAACGGGGGCUUUAGUUGUGAGUUGACGGGCGGGAACGAGCAGGGAUUGUUCCGGAUCACGAUCGAGGAUCAUGCGUGUGCGCUGGUGUUGAAUGCACCGCUUGACUACGAAACGGCCACCAGUCAUACGCUGCAGGUGCGGCUUGCAUCGAACAAGUACUUUGUGAACCAGCACAAAAACACGGCCAGCGUGAAGGUGAUCGUGCAGGAUGAGAAUGAUAAUGUGCCCCAGUUUGUGUUUCCCAAGACGUACCAGCAGAGUCCACGGAAUGAUACGUACUAUGCGGUGAUUAAUGCGGAUGCGGACAUUGAAACGCCGCUGCUGCAGGUGAAGGCUACCGAUCGGGAUGUGGGACCGUACGGGCAGCUCAAGUACACGAUCCUCGAUGAGGAGCACACGACGUUGAAC